AUGUAUGUACGCUCAUGCACACAACAUGCACGGAGGCGUCUUAUUAUUCGUGAUGAUCCGCAGGAUGCAUCAAAGUAUAUCGCGGACUACAUCAUUGAGCGCAUCAACGCCUUCAAUCCAACACCUACGAAGCCCUUCGUCUUGGGGCUCCCCACCGGCAGCAGCCCCAUCCUGAUCUAUCAACAUCUGGUCCAAAGGCACAAAGCAGGCGCCAUCUCCUUCCGCAAUGUGGUUACCUUCAAUAUGGACGAAUAUGUCGGGAUCCCGCGCGAACACCCUGAAAGCUACCACAGCUUCAUGUACAAGCACUUCUUCUCGCAUGUCGACGUGGAUCCAGCCAAUAUCAAUAUUCUCAAUGGCAAUGCCCCUGACUUGGAGGCUGAAUGCCACGAGUACGAGGACAAGAUCAAGCGCGCCGGCGGCAUCGAGCUAUUUCUGGGUGGUGUAGGCCCCGAUGGCCACAUCGCCUUCAAUGAACCAGGUUCCAGCCUCAAAUCUCGGACUCGCGUGAAGACCCUUGCCUACGACACCAUUCUGGCAAAUUCCAGAUUCUUUGGAAAUGAUCUCUCCCAAGUCCCUAGGAUGGCACUGACGGUCGGUGUCCAGACCGUGUUGGAGGCACGCGAGGUCGUCAUUAUCAUCACUGGCGCACACAAGGCUCUCGCCUUGCAGAAAUGCAUCGAGGGCGGUGUCAAUCAUAUGUGGACUCUCUCGAGCCUUCAAUUACAUCCCCACCCAAUGAUUGUCGUUGAUGAAGAUGCCACGCUGGAAUUGCAGGUCAAGACUGUCAAGUACUUCAAGAGUAUCGACAGGGUCGCCACUGAGUGUGGGUUCCGGCAAAUGCUUCCCAAGAAGCGCGAUUCCGUCGUUGAGGAUCAGAUCCACUUUCCGGGAAACAACUUGACCAACAAUGUCAAGCUAGACAUCCCCCAGUUCAACCCCUCGCGUUCAGCAAGCCCGAUGCUGGAGGCUAUGAGCGCACGUAUUACCGACGAUGGAGAUGGUACGACAAUAUACCGAAACGUCGACGCCCUUGAGGAGCCACAAUUGCUCGCAAUGAGUGCCCGCGUCUCGUGAACGAUCUACCAUCAUGAUUUCAUCACGUUUCACCACUCGAAUAUUUGGACACUCGUUUUCUCGGGACUGGCUGCAUUCCUGUUUUGAUUGUUUGUAUCGGCAAAAGGCGUUGAGGGAUUUUGGGAACCAAGUUGCAUGGCUGAGAAUGUUGUAUAGCGCAAGGGCUUUUUGUUUUGUUUCCGCUUCUCGAAGACAUUCGUUAUUUUUUUUGUUAGAGAAGAGAACUCCAUGAUGAGAUGAAGACCGUGGCAAUUAGAAGCUAGACGCAUGACAUCAAGAUACCCACGUAUGUUCUCCGUAAUACAUACUCAU